UAUGACGAUCCGUGCUGAUCAAGAGGAAGAGGAAAGUAAACUUCACGUUGGAGCUCGACUGAACAACCUUAAGUUAGUACGCGAAGCGAUAAGGGAAGAAUCAGAUCUGGACGCCCUGGGAAUAAAUGGCUGGACUGCGUUGCACGAAGCCAGUUCCUGUGGCUACCUAGAGACAACAAUCGCACUUCUUGAAAGUGGCGCUAACCCAAACAUUCAGGAUAGCCAAAGAUGUACCCCUCUCCAUCUCGCUGCAAUAAAUGGUCAUUUAGAAGUUGUUCGCAGUUUGGUGCGCGCUGGCGCUCGGCUGGAUUUAAGGAACGCCGAAGGGAAAAUACCCCAGAGUUGUGCCAGCGAUGAUUGCUUGGACUUUCUUGCGAGGCAACGUAAGUAAAUUCUAUUUGGUCAUCGAGAUUGUGAAACAAUUAGAGAAAUGAUUCUAAGAAGUUUUCAUUUGUUCAGGAAACAAAUCACACACUCUCUAAAACAAGCGGACUUGCGUCGAACCUUGUUGUGAUGUCGGCAAUGUUACUGACAAAGCAUCCAUAUGAUAUUUUGUUUAUUUGCCAGUCGAGGAAAACGCAACAGCAUAUUAAGUACACCGUAAAUUGACCUUACGUUCAUAAAAAGCUUGAAUCGUAGCGGCAAUCACGUAGACGUAUUUAGGAAUGAUAUCUUACUUCCUUACGAAGUUACAUCAACUGUGAGUCAAACAUUUUACAAGUUCAAAUUUAAAUACUCCCUAAAAAAACAUAAAUUUGACAUUGUCAGGAACACCUAUGAAUUCUUUACAAAGAAUCAAUCGAAUUAAAAUUAUCUGUAAUGUUUCACCAAAUGAAUUUUACUCAGCAUUAUUAGUAUUACUUGUUUUUGUUUCCUUGUUUAAGGAUAAACACGUACAAGAAUCUUUUUAUACACACCGAAAAGGAUAUUUUCGGAGAUACUUAAUAGAGAAUGCAGGGAUAUUGCAACUUGAUGUGCAGUGAAAGCAAUAUUUCUUGUAGUCUUGCGUUGUUCGAUCGACGGUCUUUCAAUCGAAGAGUAAGCACCCUCUUUUUCGCUUACAAUUGCGUAACUACAGCUGCAACAUUGCGUCCUAAGACGUCUAAGGUUUCUGGUGUUGUUGCAAUCUUCAUGUACUGAUUUUCUUCUCUACUUAUUUCAACUCACGUCUAAUUGUAUUUAGCUUUCCUGCUCGAAUCACUCAACCAAUAUACUUUUCAAUCAUUCUUUUCUAACCAGCUUAGCUAAAUCUAUUUUGGCAUUAUUUUCUUCAUUCUAGGUGCUGAAGAAGUCAUUAAAGUAAACCCUUCUCCAAUCGAGGAAAACUCUGUGCGAAAGGUAAGUUUACACGCCAAAACAUCUUCAGGUUAAGAAAUAAACUGCUAAUCUGACUUCAAACACCGCUCUAAUAUCACUUGAAGGUUAUUUCAGCUAAAAUCUCAUAAUGUUGUAAUAAUUUUGCUGCUGCUGUUUACUCUAAACAUUCUUAGACAUCAACUCUUUUCAGAGAACUAAGAAAUGUUUUGAAAAUUAUAGUUUUUGCCAAAACCUAGCUCAUUGAAAGAGCAAUUUGAUAGAGAAUGGCAAUAUUCCAAGUACCAAACAUUCCAUUAUUUUCUUGGCCUCCCUGUGGUGGAUUUCAGGUGUCUUUUCUUACCAUCUCAUUUUGAAACAAUAAAAUUUUUUUGAAUUUAAGUUAUACGGUCCCAAAGCGAGUCAAAGCCCAGUUCUGAAGAAGAAUAGACAGUCAUCGCCGUGGUCAGACAGCUCUCAGAGCUCACGCGAAAGCAUGACGUCAAGUAGCUCAGGUAAUAGGCUUGGAAGACUUUCAUCGUGAUGUUUAACACGUCCCUCAACAACUAUUGGUCAAUGACUACAUAUGUAUCUGAAAAACAUUUUUGUGAGUCAUCAAUAUUUAUCAGCAUAUAAUUAUACCUUUGUUUAGACUGCAAUCAGGAAGUUUAUAUACUCGGCUGAUUCAUAUGCAAAUGCAAGGGUGGUGGACCUGACUUGAAUAAAUAAACUCACAUAGACAAAGCAAUCUGUAAUUGUUAGUUUUAAAUUUGGAGUGUUUUGUGUAUUGUUAUCAGUAUUGAAUCAAAAGUUGAAGUGAUACUUAUUGAUUUUUUUGGGUUUGUGUUUCAGGUUCCAGUGACAGCUUUUGUGAAUCAUCCUAUGCGGCAUAUUUACCAGGUAACUGUUCACAUUUAUACACAAAGAGAAUUAAUUAACCCUUUCACUGCCAGAGUGAUUGAGAAGCACUUUCUUUUGCAACAUAAGGAAAUUGUACUGUAAGAAAGAGACAAAAAUUUAGACACAUGCCAAAAUGAGAUAAAAAUGUUUAACCAAUUUAUCAUUUGUUAUCGUUUUUUCCAUAGGGCCUGGAGAAAUGAAAGUAUCAUUAGAUUUUAGCCCCAAUAGGCGCUUUCUUGAUAUUCAUGUUGGAGAAAUUAAAGAUGUGAAACUUCCUGCAGGUAAAAUAUGCCUUUCUGUUUGCAAUGAAAUAUCUUUAACUAAUGAUUGGUUGUUUGCAGUGAAGGGAAAUGCAAAUCUACAUUAACAUGGUUGAUCCAACCUAAUCAUAGAUUAUGAGCAGACUCCUUCCUUUUUGGUGGGGCAUCACUCAAAUGAAAAAGAAAAUGAAAAAAAGAUUGAUGUAAGCACUGCACAGAACUCUGGGAGUUGUUAAAAAAAAGCCUCAAUUGCGUGUGGCGCUAGCAACAAUUUAUUUUUCACUCCAAUUUUUCUGCAAUUGACUUCUCAGGAAAGGAGGAGCUGCUUGUAGUCUAAUUGUAGCAGGAAACCUCUAAAUUGUCUUAUUAUUCGGAUAUUAGAAUUAAAUUUCACCCGCAGAGCUUCUAUGAAUUGUUGAAAUACCAUUUCAAAUCUUUUUGUAGGUCACAACAUGUCACACAUCUACGUUAAAGGAUAUCUUGUUCCCGACAAGUUGAAGGAAACAAAACGCAAAACGUGCUUACUCAAACUUGGAAGUCCAGUAGAAGGAAGAAAGUCAAGAGAUAGUGUUACUUUAUGGGAUAAUGAAGAAGCUGAGAGUGAAAAAAGUCCUGGGAAAGGAAUGGGACAAAGAUUAGUCUCCUCACUUAGGAGGGGAAGUCGUUCAUCCUUGCAUAGAAAGAAAAGCCAAGACCAAAGUAAGAAUGGUGUUUUUGUUAGUCACUUUUUCCAGGGAAAAUGGAUGGGUGAACCAAAAAAUUAAGAUGUCAGUCUGUUGAAUUGCCAAAUGUUUUCUUUAUGGAUGCUUAUGUUGUUCUUCAUUCUCUCGUCAAAAGGCAACUCAGCACCUGUUUAUCGCAUAUCAACCACAUUUGGAGAGACCUUUCAUUACAAUGCUGACGAACUGAGGAGGGUGGAUGUGGAAACCUGCAAUGUGUUGUUGACCAUUUGCGGUCGCAAUCGUGUAACAACUCAAGGACAGCCUAUCGCUUGUGUGACUCUACCACUGGCAGGUUACCCUAAAAUGGUUAAACCUGAGUGGUAUCCUUUGACGUACAAGAUACUGUUACCCAGUGGAUAUGAUGUGGCUGAAGAGCGAGAAUCACUCAGAGGAAGUAGAUCAUGGGAACAAAAAGGUGCGUCUUUGCAGAGAAAUACAUCAUUUUUUUUCUUCGACACAAAGCCAAUGCUUAUAACCGAUGAUCAAAAAUAACUUAUCCUUGUGUAAAUGGAGAAAGGUCAAUCUGUCAGAGUACGGAAGAUUGUUAACAGAGAAAUCGAAUUUAUUUUGCACAGAUAACAUCUUCUUAUUUACGUAUAGAGCGCUUUUCGAAGUAUGGAAAAUACCCUUGGGGAUAAAUGACAACACAAUGAAAACUGCCCCACAAGUGCGGUGGGCCGCGAUUGAGCUAGUAGUGAUUGGUAUUCGUUUUGCAUCUGCUUGUUUUAGAAAGUGCCGCGAGUUUCCUGGAACAAUCACAGAGCUAAUGAAAGCCAGGCACAACACAAUUUGUUUUGAUUUGUUUUUACCUGCGGCUGGAUUCUUUUAAAUAGGGCAUUAGUCCAUUCGUUGAGCUCAAAACAGAACAUGAAUUAUCAUAAAGGUUUGAAAUACAGGGAACUUCUCUGACCCUUUUCUGUUUUUUUCUUCCGCAGGAGGUAAGUUCACUGGUCGAAGCCUUGCUUGGAAUGGAGGAGCAAAAGCAAUGUCUAUGCCCAAUAUAGACAUUUCUACUUUAAAUAUGGCAUCACAAAUAGCGGAUGGAAAUUUUAUCCAGACAGGAGAGGGCGGAUUCCCACCAAGUGGUUCCACAAAGCUCAGGAAACACAGCGGGCCUGGGAAGCUUCUGAAAAAGGAGUUUAAAAUCUUGAAAGGCAAAGGAAACCACAGAUACCGGAAUAGUCCUUCAUCUCAGGAACUGGCCAAAGAAGAGAGAGCCGAAGGUAGCUUCAAGGUUAACAUUGCAGAACGUAGUUCGACUAUUCCGGGAGCGAAUCGUGGGGGCAUCGACUUGAGUAACACGCUCUCCGGGAGUAGAAGGCGAAGUACGGCGAGUAAUAUCGGGUUACAUGAAUAUUCAGUCUCCCGUGAUCAGCCAAAUGAUGAUACAGAAAUAAUUUCGCUGGACGAAGACGAGGAACGCACUUCAAAACCAGAACUUGAGCAUAGAUCGUCAUUUGCUCGAUCGCUGAAAUACAGUCGAGCGUUUCAACAGCAAGCGUCCGCAGCGAGGAGACGAGAUGCUGCCGGAAAUGACAUGGAUGUGGAAGACUUUGAAGAAACUUCGGAUACGCCUUUUGCAGUCAGUAACUUUCACCGACAGAAAAGUGGAAUCGCGUGUAAUUGAAGCGUUAGUUAUUAGUC